AGCCUACAUACACACACUCACUGCAUGCACGAACACGCCCACCACACAAUAGAAAGUCAUUUCAGUUGCGAGUGUCAUUUCGAAGUUGCGAAGUUCAAGCGAAACAACACGACAUGAAACUUCCUGGAACGUUGCGCUAAAUGUAGGAAGAAUGGCCGAAGCAGUCCCGAGUAACCAGGAGCUUUUUACAUGCCCGAUUUGUCUUGAUCUGUUGAAGGAUCCAGUCACUCUUCAUUGUGGACAUAGUUACAGUAUGGGCUGCAUUAAAGGCUGCUGGGACCAGGAAGAUCAGAAGGGAAUUUACAGCUGCCCGCAGUGUAGACAGACUUUCACCCCAAGACCCAUUUUAAACAAAAAUAAUAUUUUUGCUGAACUUGUAAGGCAGAUACGGAAUACUAGAAUUCAAACUGUUGCUCCUGCUCUGUUGUAAUAGGCCUAUUUUGCUGGACCUGGGGAUGUGGAGUGUGAUGUAUGCACUGGGAGAAAAAUCAAAGCUGUCAAAUCCUGUCUGGAGUGUCUGGUGUCUUAUUGUGAAAUUCACUUGAAAGCCCACAAUGAUGUAAUCCCUGGCCGAAAACACAAUGUGGUUGAUGCCACAGGUCAGCUACAGGAGAGGAUCUGUGCCCAACAUGAGAAGCCGUUGGAAAUAUUUUGUCAUACGGACCAAAGCUGUGUCUGUUUUCUUUGUAUGGUGGAUGAACACAAAGGGCAUGACACUGUGUCAGCUUCUGCAGGGAGAAAGGAGAAACAGACACACUUUGAGGAGACCCAGAGGAAAUUCCAGCAAAGGAUCCAGGAGAGAGAGAUGGAGCUGCUGGAGCUGAUGAAGGCUGUGGAGACUCUUAAGAGUUCUGCACAGACAGCAGUGGAGGACAGUGAGAUGAUCUUCACUGAGAUGAUCCACUCUAUCGAGAAAAGGCGCUCUGAGGUGAAAGAGUUGAUCAGAGCUCAGGAGAAGGCUGAGGUGAGUCGGGCUGAAGGACUCCUGAAGCAACUGGAGCAGGAGAUUGCUGAGAUGGAGAAGCUUUCACUCACAGACGAUCACAUCCAUUUCCUCAAGAGUGUCCAGUCAGCCAGCAACAAACUUGAAUCUAAAGAGUUAUUCAGUUUCCAUGUAAACCAAGGCCUCUCUUUUGAGGGUGUGAAGAAAUCUGUCUCCUCGCUAAAGGGGCAGCUGGAGGAGUUCUGCAAAGAGGAAAUCAUGAAGAUAUCUGCAGCAGUGACUGAAGUCCAGGCUAUUUUGCCUUCUGAACCAACAACCAGAGAGGAGUUCCUACAAUAUUCCUGUCACUUCACACUGGAUUCAAACACAGCACACAGACAACUUAAUCUGUCUGAGGGGAACAGAAGGGUGGAAUAUAGAAUUGAGCUCCAGUCAUAUCCUGAUCAUCCAGACAGAUUUGAUGAAUGGUGGCAGGUGCUGUGUAGAGAGUGUGUGUCUGGGUGCUGUUACUGGGAGAUUGAGUGGAGCGGGUUGGUUUAUAUAACAGUCUCAUAUAAAAACAUUAGCAGGAAAGGUGGCAAUGAUAACAGUUUCUUUGGAAGUAAUGACCAGUCCUGGAGGCUGAGACUCUCCAGCUCCAGCUAUUCUUUCUGCCAUAAAAAUAAAGAGAUUGACCUCUCUCUAGUGGCCAGCUCCAACAGAAUAGGAGUGUAUCUGGAUUACAGGGCAGGAAUCCUGGCCCUCUACAGCAUCUCUGACACAAUGACCCUCCUGCACAGAGUCCAGACCACAUUCACUCACACGCUUUACCCUGGGUUUUGGUUAGAUGCUGGAUCAUCAGUGAAGCUGGUGUGACUCAAAUAUAUAGAUGCUGUUAGCACAUACCUGUAAUUUCCCGCCCAUUAACGGAAGUUUACUUGUUGAUUUUGCUAAAUUUCUUCAGCUAUGAGGUUAAUAUACAUGGGUGGGCUCUACAUGGGAAUUCAUUAAAUUUCUUCAUACUUCUUUAUGAUUAAAUCACCAUCUGAUUCUGAGUCAUUGAGCUAUUGGGCACUACAGUUAAUAUGAGAGUGUAUAAGUAAUUGCAUAAAACACAGUUUAUACACGAUGUGGCUAAUACGCUGGAAAUUACUGUAGUAUCUCACACCAUUUCAUAUUACUUCAUUUAGCAUCACAUCAUUUAACACAUCACUCACAUAUAAGGAUAUGGCAAUGGAAUGGGCCAGGUGGGUGCUACACAUUGGUGGUGGUUAGUGAGGUUCUCCUUCACUGUAAAGCGCUUUGGGUACCUUGAAAAACAUUAUAUCAAUAUGUGGUGUUGUUUGAUUGAACAGGUAGACGGGGACUAAUUUACCUGACCGGGUAAAUGUGGCAAAUUAAUGCAUGCUCCUCCCAAGCUUCCAUUUAGAAUGCCAUUAUGUCCAUUUACAAUCAGUUAUCGCCAAGUGGUACCUUUAUCAAUUGUGAAUAAUGUGCUAUCUGUCUACAUAUGGAAUUCAAAAGCAAAAGGAGUUUUAUGUAUGUUUUACGUAAUCAAUUCAUUUAUUUUUUUAAUGUUUUUAAUGUUAAUGUUAACAAGUUUUGCCUUUCACUUAU